AUGAAAUAUUCGCGUUUGACAGUUGAUCAGUACAUUACUCUUCUCAAACAGUCUUCAUCGACUAUUCAUUCCAACGAAUUAUAUAUCUGUACACGGAAAGCACACGUUACUAUCCAAAAUCACGAGGAUGUCAUUACUAUUCUUACAUCUGUCAAAAAAUAUAUGAAAUUCAAUAUAUUUGAUGGGAUAUUUGAUGUUUUAAAUCAAAAGGACAAAGAGUCACGUGAGUCUACAGAGGUAAUCAAAAAACUUCAAGCAAAAUUAAUUUCAUUACAAAAUCAAUUACAAAAUGCUGCCAAAGGAACUACAGUCACUCAAACUAAUGAAAAUCGCAAUAUUUCGGGAGAACUUAAGAAAACAUGUUACUUUAGAAGCGUUUACAAAUUCCUUGAUGGACUUUCUGCGAAAGGAAAUCGUGAAAUGAUUUCAAAAGCUUGUGAAGAAGGACUUUGGGAAAAGACAAAUUCGAAUGAUAGAAAUAUUCUUCAAGUAGCAAGUCAAGAAGGAAAUCUUAAACUUGUCAAAUCACUCAUCGAAUGUGGCUGUUAUAAAGAAGCAAAGGAUAAUAGUGGAUGGACUCCACUCCUUUUAGCAUCAUAUCAUGGUCAUCUUGAAGUUGUUAAAUAUCUUAACUCAGUUGAAGCUAAUAAAGAAGCAAAGGAUGAAUAUGGACGUACUUCACUCAUGUGGGCAUCAUAUAAAGGUCAUCUUGAAGUUGUUAAAUAUCUUAUCUCUAUUGGAUCUAAUAAAGAAGCAAAGGAUGAAGAUGGACGUACUUCACUCAUGUGGGCAUCAUAUAAAGGUCAUCUUGAAGUUGUUCAAUAUCUUAUUUCUGUUGGAGCUAAUAAAGAAGCAAAGGAUAAUGAUGGAAAAACUGCACUCUCUUUUGCAAAAGAUAAUGUAAGAGAUUAUCUAAAAUCUAUUGGAUCCAAAUAA